AUGGAGAUUCAGCCGACUUCAUCUGAAGGCACUGGACUUGCUGAAGAUCUACUUGAAAGAUGUCAGAAACUGCUCGAUGAGCUACAAUCUUUUCAUGCAUAUCUCGAUGCUGCAAAAUCAAGGACUUCUGCACGCCUAUCGGAGCGUAAUGUAGACAUCAGGCAGUUUCAAAGCCUUGUUAUGACCGAAAGAAAUUCACUGCAAAAGGGACACCCCCCAUUGUUAUUCCCAUUCCUUGUCUUUGCUGAUCCGACUAAGCUGUCGGCAGCAGAUCCUACUGCCGACAAGACAAUCCAUACGUUGAAGUCCAGCAAUUUGCCCUUCUACUCCGCAGUUUGGGAAUCAGCGAAGAGAAGCAAAGCCCUUGUCAACUUCCAUCGGCGCUUCUACUGGGAUGAAAGGCCGAAGAGACGCUCGCAGCAGGUUGCCAACAGUCGUGGUGCUCUCGUCGAUAUAGUAACGGAGGAUGGAGAUGAAUGGAUCAAGAUAUCUACGAUGUCCGAGCAGCGCUUAUUGUUUGAGCUUGCCAAGGCGAGAUGGGAAGUAGAAGAUUCUUCAGACGAACAUGAGGAUGGAGACAGGCCUUCGCUUGAGAACGACAGAGGACUGGAAACGGACGAGUUCGAAAAGAUGGAGCUAUGCCGAACGGCGAGCGAUCUGGUUCGGGCGUCUCACGCAAAUCGUAUUCACUAUGAGCAUCCGCGAGUCCGAAUGGUAUUACCUAAAAUACCAAACCCACCAUCAACAGAUCUCAUCCCUCUCUUCGAGCGUAUUCAAUCGACCGGUACCAUCAUAGAACUGGGUGAUCUUCCACCAAACACGGCCAACUCGCAAAAUCUUGAGACCAAUGUCUUUCCACGACUGCUUCCAUCACCUUAUCCGCCCCUUACCAGCACCAUCAAUGUUGACUGUACGAUUCUUCUAGCUUUGGUCUCUGAACUUUCAUACUCAGCGCAGAAUCCCGUUAGACCAGAUUACAAUGCUGCUAUCAGGCGACAGAUAGAAGUUGAAGCAAAUGAACGUCUACUUGUGACGCACCUGUGGCCAGGAUUGGCAAAUCGAGACCUUGUCUGUACUGUAGAAGCUGCCAAACGGAUGAGAGAAAUCGUUGAUACCAUAGGCAUUCCUAAUGAACGAAUCAGGACCGAGCUGAUCAUGGAGGACGGGCGUUUGGGUCCUGCUGAGGCCGAUCCGUCGAAUCGCCAGCCGUGUGACCUAAGGAAAAGCCUCCAACAAUUUAGUGAUCAUCAAGUCCCUGAGUCGCUUCGGAUUCCGAUACGCGUUGAGCCGGCACCGACGGCUUCAGAUAUCUCAAAAGCUAUCCAUACAGGCAGGCUACCAGCAAUAGCCGAACGGGUGUUGAAUGAAUUGACAGACAUCAAUCGCAGUGUAUUCUUCUACGGUUGGUUCCACGGCUACACAACCGUGAGUUCGAACCGUACGGUGGCUAAAGCCAUUGAGAAUACCAUUGAAAAGAAUGGGAAAUGUGACAAAGGGCCUGAAAUAUGGCUACGGGAACCUGCGAGGAGCUUGUUGGGCAAAGAGAAGGAGAGGAGAAAAUGA